UUCUUAUCACGAAAACAAGAAGAGAGAGAUCAAGAACAACUUCGAUACAAUGUUAAUGUUUGAUAUUGUGGCUUAAUUUACGCCGAGUUAAUUAUUUGCGAUGUAAUUAUCGUCAAUAACAUACUUAUUACCCACGUAUUUAUUUUCACCAUGAUACUUACCACUUGUUGAAUGAAUUCCUCUACUUAUUGAAAGAAUCUUACAAUGUAUACUAAAUUUCCGAAGGAAACCGUCUUUCAAGAAAGAAACAGCGAUCGAAGAAUCAGCUAUUAUUCGGAUACAGAUGGUGGUAUUUGUAGCGAAGAAUAUAGAACGAGUAUUCUGUCAAGAUUUAGUUUUGUGUUCAAUAUAAAACGAAUUUUACUGGAAAUAUUUCUACCGCAAGGUUAUCCUACAAGUGUUAGCCCUGAUUAUCUCACUUAUCAGAUUUGGGAUACGGUUCAAGCAUUUUGCAGCACUAUAAGCGGUACGUUGACUACUCAUGCUAUUUUCAAAGGUGUUGGAGUUGGCGACCAGACUGCUAAUGCUUUAUCAGCCGCAGUAACGUGGAUUUUGAAGGAUGGUACUGGGAUGAUUGGUAGAAUAUUGUUUGCUUGGUGGAAAGGGACUAAUCUCGAUACAGAUUGUAAAAAAUGGAGACUCACAGCUGAUGUAAUUAAUGAUUUAGCAUUAGGAUUCGAAUUGUUACUGGGUAUAGCAGCUUUCAAAAGCUAUGGAUCUACAGUCCUAUGUGCUUCAGCUGUGAUGAAAUCCAUUGUCGGAGUUGCCGGAGGAGCUACCAGAGCAGCUAUAACUCAGCAUCAAGCUAUUCGUGGUAAUAUGGCUGAUGUGUCUGCAAAAGAUGGAAGUCAAGAAACCUGCGUUAAUUUACUCGCCUCUUUUUUCGGUCUUUAUAUUCUAACGAUGAUCGAGAACAAUACUAGGUGCAUUUGGUUAGUAUUUUUCUCAGUAACUGUGAUGCACAUUUAUGCCAAUUUCAAGGCGGUCAAGUGUCUCAAAAUGAAGACGAUGAAUACCUCAAGAUUUCUAUUAUUACUUCGUCAUUUCCUCAGAACGAAUACAGUUAACGCUGUUCGAACUAUAAAUGAUCAAGAAUCCGUUAUUUUGGGAUGUGGUAUUACUGAUUAUAAAUUAUGUGGUAAAAAAAUCUAUCUUGGUGGAUCUCUUCAACCGAUUAUUCGCAGGAAGAAUAUAACUAGCGAGCAGUUGAAAAAAAUCAAAAAUUGUUACCGAUCUUUUCAAUACAUCGUUGUGGAUGUGGAUACCUCCAUUCACGUUGUUUUGAAGGAUAAUAUCAAAGACGAGUAUAUUUUAAUGGCUUAUUUUCACGCUGUUAUUUAUGGUCUUGUUUUAUCAUGCUUGGAAGGCCGAAUUAAAAAUUACGCUUACGAGGAAGAAUUCGAAGCUUUGGUGAGAGCCUGCAGAGAAACUAAAAUUAUCGAAAUUUACGUCAACGAUUACGUUUCUCGCAAAUGGACCAAGUAUGCCACCGAUGCCAUUCUAAAUGGUUGGAUCACCGAUAGACAUCAAUUAUUCGUUGAUGAAUGGCGAACGAAAUGGAAUUAGUAGAAUCAUAUAGAACGUUAUGUUGUUAUUAGUCAUUUUGAAGGAAUAUAUUUUUGUAUUUUUCAUAAAA